AGGACCUUGUCCUGAAUCGGAUUCUGACGUGGUGACAUCGAGCUUUUGGUGACGUCACACGACAGACUGAACUCCGGAGCGUCGCUCAGUGAAAGUCAGUGGAGCGGAGCUGGUGCUGAGCGUCGGUUUGUCCGUCAUGAGAUUCUUCUUCUUCCCACUCCUCGUGUGCGUCGCGGCCGACUCCCGGCUCCUGUCUCUGUCAGGAAUGUUUGGCAGCCUCACGUCCCCGAACUUCCCUGAGCCGUAUCCUGAAGAGACGGAUCUGCGCUGGAACGUCAGCGUUCCCCACGGCUUCCACGUCAGACUCUACUUCAGCCACUUUGACCUGGAGCCGUCCUACCUGUGUGAGUACGACUACGUCAAGGUGGAGGCAGAGGGGGAGGUGCUGGGCUUGUUCUGUGGGAAGGAGGAGACGGACACGGAGGUGGUGCCGGCUCAGCAGGUCAUCUCCUCUCCCAGAAACUCCCUCAGCGUCUGGUUCUUCUCCGACUUCUCCAACGAGGAGCGGUUCUCCGGGUUCAUGGCUCACUACAGUGCUGUGGCUCUGACUGUCGUCUCUGCAGACGUGGACGAGUGCAGCGACCGCGACAACGAGGAUCUGCUCUGUGAUCACCUCUGUCACAACUACGUUGGAGGAUACUAUUGCUCCUGUCGCUAUGGUUACCUGCUGCACACCGACAACCGCACCUGCCGAGUCGAGUGCAGUGGUGCUGUGUUCAGGGAACGCUCCGGGAUCCUGAGCAGUGUCGAUUUUCCAGCUCCGUACCCAAAGAGCUCUGAAUGUUUGUAUCGUAUUGAGGUGGAACCAGGCUUCAGGGUCCAUAUCCAAUUUGGGCCCACCUUCGACGUGGAGGACCACCCCAACGUCAGCUGUCCCUACGACUACGUGAAGAUCCUCGCAGGCGGUCGUGAGCUCGGCCCGUUUUGUGGCACUGUAUCUCCAGGACUCAUCGAGACCGACAGCAACAGCGUCAUUGUCGUCUUCCACAGUGACAACUCGGGAGAAAACGCGGGCUGGAGUCUGAGCUACAGCAGCACAGGAAGUCAGUGUCCUGUCCCGCAGACGCCAGCUAACGGCCUGCUGAGGCCCGUCCAGACGUUCUACUCCUUCCAGGACCACGUUCUGUUCACCUGUGAGCCUGGGUACCGGCUGAUCAAGGAUGGACAGUAUCUGGACCACUACCAGGUGGACUGUGGUUCUGAUGGGUUAUGGAGCGGGACCCUUCCCUUGUGCCAGUUGGUGGAUUGUGGGAGUCCGAAGGUGGUUGACAUGGCUGAUGUGGUGUUUGGUAACCAUGACAACAGCACCCUGCUUGGAUCUACCGUUCGCUAUGUUUGCCGAAAGGAAACGGUUCAACUACACAACAACAUCAGUUCCUACCGCUGUGCUCACAGUGGAGAAUGGACCAACACAGAAGUAGGAACCAAACUGCCGAGCUGUAAACCAGCCUGCGGCUGGCCUUCCCGCUCUCUUCCCCCUCUGGUGAAGCGGAUCGUGGGUGGUCGGAGCUCAGAACCCGGUCAGUUCCCCUGGCAGGUUCUGCUGAGCGUGGAAGACCUGUCUCGGGUGCCUGAGGACCGCUGGUUCGGCUCCGGGGCGCUGCUGUCUGAGUCCUGGGUGUUGACAGCAGCUCACGUGCUGAGGUCCCGGAGGCGGGACCCCACCGUGGUCCCCGUGGCUCCAGAACACAUCAAGGUCUACCUCGGUCUCCAUGACACCCGGGACAGGCGCCUGGCAACCACCCGCUCGGUGGACAGGAUCUUUCUCCAUCCGGACUUCCAACCCAACAACUACAACAAUGACAUUGCUCUGCUGAAGCUCGGCGAGCAGGUGGAGUUCAACCAAGUCAUCCGUCCAGUCUGUCUCCCACCCCCUCACAGCCAGGACUCUCCUCUUACACCUCUGCCCAACUCUCUGGGGAUGAUUGCCGGUUGGGGGGUUUCCACAGCCAACGCCUCCGCCGGCAACCCUCCCACACUGACCUCUGACCCCGGCGCCGACGCUGACCUCGGCGUGGCCUCCAACCUGCUGCAGUACGUGAAGCUGCCCGUGGUUCCUCAGGACGAGUGUCAGGCCAGCUACACGUCGCGCUCCGUCAGCUACAACAUCACUGACAACAUGUUCUGCGCGGGUUUCUUCGAGGGCGGCAGGGACACCUGCCUGGGGGACAGCGGGGGGGCCUUCGUGGUGGAGGACCGGGCCAGCCGGCGGUGGGCCGUGUUCGGCCUGGUGUCGUGGGGCGGGCCCGAGGAGUGUGGGAGUCAGAGGGUGUACGGGGUCUACACCCGAGUGGCCCGAUACGUGGAGUGGAUCCAGAGCCACGUGUAGCUGGUUCUUCUGCUUGGGGUUUGCUUUGUGAAGCAGGGAGGAAGCUAAACGUGAACCCUGUUCCUCCCACUGGCUCAUUCUGCGUCAACCUACUUCACAACAAACUGAAGUGGAGGUCACGUCGGGGUCGUGACAGACUGAACCCACCAUCGUGACCACGCUAUGGUUCUGAGCCCAGUCUCAGGGGUUGGUGGCUUCGGCUCGUCUCCUCUGGGCUCAGCUGCUGUUUGUGACCACGGCCCCAGAGACCACACGGCCUCCUGCUGUGCUCAGACCUGCUCGAACCACUGAACCGGACUAACGCUGCUCUGGGAUCUGUCCGUCCUAUCACUAAUGUGUUCAGCCAACCUGCAGGACGUUCAGACAGAGUCAAACACGUGGGCACUGUGAAACGUUUAGGAUGUAUUCAUGUUAAAUGCUGUGAUAUAAAGUCUGCAUCGUUUAUAUAUUUACACUCGUGAUUUUCAUCUGAUGACUUAAUGCACUGAAAUAAACACAUUUACUUUGA